CCAAAUUUGAAGUGACGCAACUAGCUUGCCAGGCAGCUAAUGCUAUGGAUAACACACUCAGGAGGGAGCAAAUAUCUUAAACCACAGCUCAGAGAAAAUGAAGUAUACCCAUAUGUAACCAAGCGUCGUCUUUUCUGCGACAAUGCUCUGUUUGCGUGUAAAUGCCGUGAGGUCGUUGGAGUCUUUGAGAAAGCUGUGCUUCCUCUCCCUGAAGCACAUGAGACAUCCGUCCUGUCAGUGCCCUGUGCAGCGGUGGAGGAUACAACACAGUGGUGCCGCUCGCUGCCUCUCUACCGGACCACCUGCUCCCCCCACACUGACUGACCCCUCCUCUGAGUGCACUGAAGCAAAGCCCAGCAACAGCACACCUGCCUGGACCCCUGACCAGGGCCCCCCGCCGGCCCCCGCCCACUGCUGCAUGAGCGGCUGCCAUAACUGUGUGUGGAUCGAACACGCCGAGCAGCUGCUGGCGUAUUACCACGACGGAGGAGACCUAGCACUCGCAGCCAUUGAGGAAAACGUCCUGGAUGAAAACCUUAAAACCUACCUGAAGAUGGAGAUAAGGCUCUUGAAAAAGACGUGAAGGAUAUAUUUGAUCACAGUGUCGACAUGAAUGAGCGUUGUGAGACUCAUACAAAGAAUCUUGUAAACGUUACGCACACUAAUCAAAUCUACCGGGUUCAAAUGUGACAAGAAGCUGUGGACUCAGGAAUCCACCUGUCCUUCCUGACAAAAAUCAAACAUGGCUAACCGUUAAACGUUCAAAUGAUAAUUCCAGUUUAUUAUAAGUGGAUCUUAUUAUGCUAACUUUGCAGAUUUGUUUUAAUAACAUUCUACUUAACAAAGUUAUUUCUGAGGCCUGGCAUCACUACAACAGGAAACAAGAACAAACUCACAGUUUAUUCAGAAUAUCCAAAAUAUCUUCUUAAGAUACAAAUAUAUAAUUUUUCGAACCUGCUUUUCUGCCACAGGCUAACCCUGUAUUGAGCAUUUGGCAGGUGUUAUUUAACACACCUGAAAUAUUGGUAAUAAUCUGCUGCAGAACCAUGAUUAGAACUUUCAAAAUGGAAGCAGAAAGUAGAUACUAUGAAUCAGUUAACAGCAGUCUGGGUAAUAAUUAUGUUGCCAUGUGACUGUGGCCGUUUCUCAAUGUUGAGUAUACCUGCUCCAGAGCCACUAUUUCAAGUAUACUACGUCAUCGAGUGGCGCCUCUUUCCUCUUUUUUUUUCAGUGAGUACAAAGCAAUUAUUACUACUAGAAAUGCCACUAGUCAAAUCACAAUUGUUGCUUAAUGUUGUCUUAACAACGUAACUAACGAGCCAGGAAGGAUUGUCCUCACAUUAUUUUGUACAGAGCUUGAAGUGGUGGGUUUUUGAAACUGUGUUAAAAGAUAAUCGUAAUGUUUCUGGCCUCAUUCAAAAAUGUAUUUGGUUUAAUAUUACCUUUUAUUUUUUUAUUUUUACAGCUUGAUUCAGUAAACUUUAUAGUGAAUUGAUUCAUUGUUCCUUUCAUCAUAAAGCACAUAUGCACAUAGGCUUUAUUUAUUAUUAGUUUGAAGUUUGAACUGGAGUGUUUAAAUGAUAAUUGUAUGUGUAUAUGAUAAUUUGCUUCAUUAUAUUUAAGAGUUUAUUUUGAUUUUGAAAUGUUUUUAAGAAUUGUUUGUUAAAUAAAUGUUUGUUUUUGUGA